GCAUUCCGAGUGUUUAUAUCGUCAUGGAUGAGCAAGAAGUAGUCAGUGGCGAAAAUAAAGCUCUCCGGUCUCUAAAUUCUGAUGUCCAAACCCACGUUAAUUUUAUUAACAGGUCGACACGAAGCGCCCGAGCAUGGUGGUUGGAUUUUUCCGGACAUCCAGUUUCAUAUGGCGAUAUACGACCGAGCGGGUUAUUACAUAUGGACACAUUUCUGACGCAUCCGUGGGUUUUCAGAGCCUCUCCAAAUGGGGCGAAACUUGUAGCUGAUCAGCAGGACGUUUAUAUGCCAGCAGCUGCCACCGAAUAUGAAGAGGACGGUAGCCCCAAGUUUCUGAAUGUCGUCCUAACUGCCCCAGUGUACUCUCUCCAGGAGUUGUGUCUGAUGCUAAUCCGUAAACUGGUAGAAGAGGAGGACUACGGCAGACUGGACAUCCCUGAGUCACUGAAGACAGACCUCAGACAACGGCCUGACCUACUGAAGGAGCUGGGGCUCAUCAACCGUCUCAGAAUAGGAGUGUUGAUUUAGGAUCAGUUGUGUCAUUUAGAUCACAGUGAAUCAGAUGACAUGGACAGGGGGACCUGAUCCUAGAUCAUCACUCCUACUGUGAGAAGCGUUAUGCAUACAGGCCCUGAAUCAUGGACUUUCUGUUGACCAAAUGUAUCCUUUAUUUUCCCCUCCUCUGGACUCUUUGGUGUCUCUAGAACAGUGGUAGUCAGAGUCGGGGGAACUGCAGUGGGGUCGCCAAUUAAGAGUACAUAUUAUUGUAUGAGACAAAAAAAAAUUAUGUUUUUGAGAAAGAUAAUACAAAAAUAUAUAUGUUUAUUGAAUAAAUGUAUUUCAUUUUGAUAAGAGAUUAAAAUGCAAUGAAUUUAAGGUUAUUUGUUGAUGUAAACAUUUUAAUGUAUCUAUCGUGUCAUUAGAUUUGGGGUGGGGGUCGCAAUAAAUUCUUGAGGAAAAAAUGGGGUCCCCACAGAAACAGUUUGAAUACCACUGGCUUAGAACAUUUGAAUGGAACUUAUCCCUGCCCUGAACUUGUUGGUGACUCAAGAAUGUGUUCACAAGAUAUGUAAGCUUAGAGCAUUGAAUGAAAAUUGUCCCUACCCUGAACUCAUUGGUAACUCAAUAAUGUGAUCACAAGAUAUGUAAGUUUAGAGCAUUUGAAUGAAACUUGUCCCUACCCUGAACUCGUUGGUGACUCUAUAAUGUGUUCACAAGAUAUGUAAACUUAGAGCAUUUGAAUGAAACUUGUCCCUACCGUGAACUCAUUGGUGACUCAAUAAUGUGUUCA